CAAUCUUUUGGUCAUCUUAAAGCCUAAUUAAUCACAUUUUCAUCAAACACCAAAAAUGAAGCAAGGUGCGUUACAACUUGGAGUUGCCCCACCUGCAAAUAGAGGCAUUGCCAUACUUGACUUUUUCCUUAGGCUCGUCGCCAUCGUUGGAACCCUAGCCAGCGCUAUCGCUAUGGCUACAACUAAUCAAACGCUUCCCUUUUUCUCUCAGUUUGUUCGCUUUCGAGCCAAGUUCAACGAUCUUCCUUCCUUUACGUUUUUCGUGGUGGCCAGUUCCAUAGUGUGCGCGUACCUCAUUCUUUCGCUAGCUUUCUCCAUCCUACACAUAGCAAAAGCCAAGGCCGUGAACACUAGGUUCCUACUGCUCUUUCUCGACACGGCCGCUAUGGGUUUACUGAUGGCUGGUUCAGCAGCAGCAACGGCUAUAGUGCAGUUGGCGCACAAGGGCAACAAUAAGGUCAAUUGGUUCGCAAUUUGUCAACAAUAUAAUGAUUUCUGCAAACGGGUGUCCGGGUCUUUGAUUGGUUCGUAUGCUGGAGUCGUUGUGCUGAUUCUUUUGAUAUUGCUUUCGGGUGUGGCUCUUUCAAGACGUUAAUUUCUUUACCAUUUGGUCUUUGUUUCGGAUCUUGCGUUCUCAAAGUUGUGUUCUUUUUCUUGUGCAUUUGGUUUAUCGUGUGUAUAUUUACGAUAUUCACCCAUUGUGAUAUUUGUAAUGAAAUUUGCAUUAAUUUGAUCAUUUUCGUUUCACAUAAA